AUAAUCGAUCUAAAGAACGAGAACAGAUUAAAAAAAUAAUAUAAAUUGUGGAUCGCUUCAUUUCAGUGUAGAUACACGAGGUGGAUUGAAUUUUCUCUUUUGUCUGUUUUUUUUAUUCUACGUAUAGUCUAGUUAUAUAAGAAUGAAAAAAAGCAUUCAUUCGUUAGAAUAUUUUUAUUGUCAAUUGUAUCACAUGUUUUCUAUAUAUAUAUAUUAGUAGAACAGAGCGAAAUAUAUUCUACGCUAUAAGAUAUAAAAAAAAUAUUUAAUGACUGCGUGCGAAUAUAAAUUUCUUGAUUUUAAUUAAAUAAUUUCAAAGAAAAAAAACCAUAAAUAGUGAUUGAACAAAAAUAUCAAGUUUGAGUAUAUUUUUUCGACUGUAAGAAUUUUUUAAAGCUAUCCUGAUUUAAAAUGAUUUAUGCUGAGUUACAAUGAGUUAAAAGCUGAUUUAAAAUAAGUUAAGAUGAUUUAACGAAUUUAAUUUUGAGUGUUUAGCUGAUUUAAAUCAGUCGAUUACCCUCCUUGCUUCGUGAUCCUUUCAGUAAAUUGUAAAUAUAAUCUGUUUUAGUUCUAGUGUGUAUAGUUCAUUUAGAUUCCUUGUUGAGUAUCGAUGUGUAGGUAUCAGUUUGAUGAGACGAAUUUAUGACAAAAAUCCUCACACAGACAGGCAUACCAUCAUGCACCAGGAGACUGACAUAAGUAUCAGCAUCCACACACAUACUUUUUCAAAUGUUGGAUAAUAGCUUUGUUGAGAGCUGUAAAGAAGUAUAACAUACCAAAAGAGCCGAAUAUUUAAUCGAGAAUAAAGCGAGUUUACAUGGAGGAACGUUACAUGUUUCUCGCAUUUACAAUUUGAUGAGAUAAUUGCAAAUGAAAGUAAAACAAGAAAUAGGUCAUAUAUAUUUCAUAGAAUAAUGUUUCAAAAAUUCGAGAGACUCUUUCAUAGAUCAGCAAUAUAAUAAAAGACAUGCUUCCACGAAAGAGAUGAUCCGUAACAUAUCCAAAAACUAAUUUGAUUAUUAAAUGAUUUUUAUACAUGAAUUCGUUGCAAAAUCAUAGAAGAAAACCCACGCUUCUCAUUCAAUGUCUCCAUCUUACUCAUACAACUCUACCAUCGUAAACGUAAACAAAAAAAGAGUUAAAACAAUAAUUGUUGUUAACAAAGUUGAGAACUUGACUCAAAAAGAAUUCUCGUCUUGUAACAAAAUCCUAUUUCUAUGAAGAGAAACUUUCUCUCUCUUAUUUUAAUAAUUUUUCUUGUCUCUAUUUUAGAUUAUCCAUUACGUUCUCCAUCCAGCACCAACAUUCAUCCGAAUGCUCGAUGGCAACAAAAUGGUAUCACUGUAGCUGGAGAAAAUCGACAAGGCAAUGGAAUCAAUCAACUCUCAAACCCAUUGGGUUUGUAUGUUGAUGAUGAUCAAACAAUCUAUGUUGCUGAUCGAGUGAAUCAUCGUAUUGUGGAAUGGAAACGAGGUGCAACAAGUGGCCAAGUGGUUGCCGGUGGAAAUGGACAAGGAAGUGGAGAUCAUCAAUUGGAUAACCCAUAUGAUGUGAUUAUCGACAAAGAGAGAGAUCGUCUGAUCAUAUGCGAUUCUUGGAAUGGAAGAGUGGUUCGAUGGCCUCGUCGAAAUGGAACAAGUGGAGAAACAAUCAUCUCCAACAUCGCUUGUUGGGGUUUGACAAUGGACGAGAAUGGAUCUCUCUAUGUCACUGAUGAUGGAAAAGCUGAAGUGAGACGAUAUCGAAGAGGAGAAUCUCAAGGAACAGUGGUUGCAGGUGGCAAUGGAAGUGGAAAUCGUCUCGAUCAACUCUCUUACCCAACAUACGUAUUCGUCGAUCGAGAUCAUUCAGUGUACGUAUCUGAUUGGAACAAUCACCGUGUGAUGAAAUGGAUGGAAGGUGCAAAACAAGGCAUUGUCGUGGCUGGUGGUCAAGGACAAGGAAAUGAUCUUACACAAUUGUCAUCUCCUGAAGGAGUCGUUGUCGAUCAAUUGGGCACUGUCUAUGUGGCUGAUUGGGGGAAUGAUCGAAUCAUGCGUUGGCCUAAAGGAGCCACACAAGGAAGU